CCAGUUUUUGUGAAGGCGAUUCCGUCGUCAGCUGUCCUUUGAUCGAUAACUCAAGUGUACUAGGAAAUUUUCCACAUUGUUUCGAGAAUCUCAUUACGAAGAUUGAUUGGAUUUUUCUACGCUACUGCAUUUCCCGUCGAUUGGUAACAAAACGCCGUAACUAGGAGUGCACUGGGGGUAUCUAUCUAGGAGGAAGCUCUUCGUUCAUUUAGAAAUUCCUCAUGAAACUGGCUGUCUGAGCUUGGGUGAGGAAGCCGUGGUAGUCGGGAUACCGAUUCCUAAUUUGUUUGGCCGUUUCAUCGUUGAGGCGCGGUGGUUAAAUGGUUUAGCAAGCAUGGGGAAGAAGAAGCAGGUAGAAGAGGUGAGUCAGACGAAGGAGGAUAAGUCGCUGGAGAAGCAGAGUAAGAAGCUGCGGGAGCUAGCUCGAUCGUGCGGAUUGGUGUCGGAGAAGAAAGCUUUACCAGCAGAGGCGUUGCGUCCUAAAUGGGGUAUCGUAAAAUGCGAUGGUAAAGAUAUUUGUAAAAAAGGACAUAGAAAGAACAAAUAUCUGUUUUCUUUCCCGGGUCUCGUAGCUCCUGUUUCUGGUGGUAAGUUCGGUGAACUGACGCAACUGGACUCGAGAAAUCCAAUCCUUUAUAUUGAUUUUCCACAGGGUCGACUUAAAUUAUUUGGAACCAUCGUAUAUCCCAUCAACAAGUACAUUACAAUGAAUUUUGUUCGCGGAGCAGGAAGCAUUCUAUGCGAAGAUCUCUUUGAAAGUAUGGUGGUAUUUCCGGAGGCUUGGUGGGUCGGCAAAAAAGAAGAAAACCCGGAUGAGCUGCGUCUUGAUAUGCCUCUGGACCUUCAACAGGAAAAACAUCAGGUGUACGAUUUCACAGGCGGAGCUGGUGAGCCAAGAGAUUCCAGGAAAUAUGGUGAUGUUCAACCCAUACAAUCGGAACUGGUUCAGGAAACACAACUAGAUUCUAGCAAACUUAGCACUCCGAAGGCUCAGGUUUCUCAGAGAAAACCUUCAGAGAAAAUUCCGAAGCACAAAGUUGUAAGUGAAUGGGAGUCAGAUGAUGAUGAUGAUGAUCCUGGUUUUGCCAUUGUGGGAGCUGCUCCGACACCAUCACGUCAAUCGGCUCGCACAGCUGGAAAGAAAUACUCGUAUGCAGAAUCAUCUUCAGAAGAGAAUCUAUCAGACGACGCUGAUGAAAGUGACGAUUUAGAUGGCAAACAGGGGGAAUCUAGAAGCAAGGCUGCCAAUAAGGCUAUUGAAUUUGAGGAUGCCGACGAUACUCUCUUGGUUCCCGAAUCACAAGCAUCUAAGAAGGACGUGACUGAUGCAGUGGAUAAAAAUCCUUCUACAAACAUGACUAUCACAAUUGAUGAACAUGAUGACGAAGAGGCUAGUGCCAUCGACCAUUUAGCCAUGUCACAAACCAGAGCUCCAAGCACUGCAGGUGACAUGCUUCUUUCAACUUCCGUUCAAGCAGUUGCAAAUGCAAGUACUACAGGAGCUGGGUCCAGGCAAUCUACUCUGUCUACGUUCUUCUUGAAGUCAAGCGAGAAGGAAAAGGUUAAAAAUGUGGAGCCGCAGAAUUCUGUGGUAGAUAUAGGUUUCACAAGGACUUAUCAAAGAGAAAAACUCACAAAGCUGCAGUCAACUUUUGACAAGGGACGCGCUGCUGAAGAUGAUGAAAAUGUGGCAUCUAAAACCGAAGUGGAAUCUGUAUUACCAUUUACACCUCCUGAAAGUAACGGUUCUAAGCGCAAAAGAAAAGCUCCAUCAGAAAGAAAACAAAUUUCAAAAGGAGUUGAAGGAAAGGGUAAGACUCCUGUAAAAAGAAGAAAGAAAAUAGCUGAAGACAAGGUUUGGUUGCCUCAACUGGUGAAAUUUGUGCACCAAACAUAAUUCAACAAAAUGACAUGAGCCUCGGGCAAAGGAUCAGCUGAUACUGGUUUCUGAUGACAGUGAUUCGAGUUGAGCACAGAGAGUUGGUCUUAGAAUCCUGGACUCCACGACUUCGCCCUUGAGCACAGUUUAGCCCUUUCACGAAGUACGCAAUGAAAAACUUAUAUGGUAAAGCGUUUUAAUGUACACAAUAACGCCUGUUCUGUGACAGCCGCAAGAUUCGGUUUAACGUUGAUGGCCUUGACAGCAUAUAGUUGGACUAGCUGCGAGCCAAGAUACAUUAACUGCAUUAUUGAUGUAAAGGUCAGUGUACAUAUGUUCCAACACAUUACAUUGAUUCAGCUGGUAUCCGAGACAUUCAGCAGAUUGUUUGCGACAUGCAUUCAAACUAAUGUACAUGACAAAACGCCACUGGCAGUCUUCAUCCAGAGUGCGUAUUCUUCCGUGCC